UGUUUCUUGGGUUUCUUGCUCAUAUUUUUAAUAGUUUUUUGUACAGCAAAUAAUACAUAGCCGAUUAACAUUUAAACAAAGCUAUCAUGGAUGUAACACAAAUAGAGUGCUCAAAUGAGGACCCCUUGUUAUGCUGCCGCGCCUGCCUGUCGACCGAUGCUAGACUGUUUAAUAUUCAUGAAUAUAAACUUGCUGACGCCUUCACUCGUAUCGUAGGAACAGCUGUUACCAUGGAUAUGCCUCAACACCUGUGUGUAUACUGCGGCACGCUGCUGCGGAAAUGUGCAUCUUUUCGAGACAUGUGUCUACACACACAACAAUGUCUUAUCACGGAGCUCAAUGCAAAGCUGGACCCAGGGGAUAUUAGCAAAAUAAACUCUACCCAGGUCCUUAACCUAACUAUAACAGAUGUGAAAACCGUUGAAUGUAUUGAUAUCCCCCUAGUAGACAACAUUAAACAGGAACCAAUAUGCAUCGUAGACAUAGAUAGUGUUAUAAAGAAACCCGAUACAAGAACAGAAUUGGUAAAUGAAAAAAAUGUUCCUGCUAAACUUACAUAUAUCAAAAAUAGGGUUAGAAAAAUAGAGAAUACUUUCAAGAGAAAGAAAGACAUAACAAUUGAUGAUGAUAAUGAUGAUAAAGAUGAUGAUAUUAUUACGGAAACUAAAAUUAAAAUGGAGUUUGAUGAUAAAAAUAGUGAUGAAAUAAAAAAAGAGUUUGACAUUGAAGAUGAUAAUGAUGAUGACGUUAGUAACGUAAGGAUUCUUAAAAAACCAAUAAAAAAGCAAGGAAAAAAUAAAAAGACUGUAGUUAAAAAUCAAUUAGAAAUGAAAAUUAUAAAAUCUAAAGAUAUUAAAGUGAGGGAAGUAAACAGGAAGAAAGUAAAAAGAAAGAUGAGGAAUCCGGAAAAUAAUUAUAUGCCCGAGUUUGAUUUUGCCAAAUUCGAGAGUACACAUGCUGUGAAAAUUGUGACACUGAGUAAAGAAGAGCAACUGGAAGAGAUCGCCGCCCGCAAGAAGUCGCAGAACUAUUUGGAGUCGCGGUUUCGGUGCGAGACCUGCGGGAAGGGGUUUAACGCGGAGCCCGCGUUCAACAACCAUCUAGCGAGGCACAGCCCGAGUGAGGGAGAGUUUGCUUGCGAGAUCUGCGCAAUACGCUACAAGAAGAAAUACCGGUGGCAGGUGCAUCAGGACGUGCACCGACUCAAGUUUGUGUGCAACGAGUGCAGCUACGUGUCCAGAGACAGGGGCCAAGCAAAGAGACACUACGACAUGCAUGCGGGCAAAACGUACAAGUGCCAACACUGCGAGAAGAGUUUCAAUAAGAUGACGUCAUACUUGACGCACAUACGCGUCGUACAUCCAGCGCAGUGCGCCGCAUGCGACGUGUGCGGCGAAACGUUUGUGGGCGAGAACGGACUGAGGAUGCACAAGAACCGAGCUCAUUCCGAGAAAUCGCAACAGUUCAAGUGUACCACUUGUUCAGCGAACUUCCAUAGUUUAGAAGCUCUGAACAGACACACAGACACGGCCGGCGAGCACGGAGACCUGCGGCCGUGCGAGCAGUGCGGCGAGAACUGUGCGAGCGAGCAGGCGCUACAGGAACAUGUUAAAGAGACGCAUCCGAAGAAAACGUAUCGGUGUGAGGAGUGCGACAUGGCAUUCCCCGACGCGACGGCCCUGUCGGUGCACACAAAACGCAAGCACCUCAACCAGCGUCCGUCCACGGCGGCCGACCGCCUCUACAACCGGAAGGUCGCUGCGCGCCGCCGCGCCGCGCUGCGCGGCGCUCCGCCCAAGGGGCAAGUGGUGUGCGAGCAGUGCGGACAGAUCAUGCCGAACGCUACCCUGCUGCGGUAUCACCAACGUCGACAUGAUGGCGUGAAGCCGUUCGCCUGCACGCAGUGCCCGAAGACUUUCUACUACAAAACGUCGUUAGAUGUACAUAUACUGACACACACAGGAGAGAGACCGUUCCAGUGUCCGGAGUGUCCGCUCGCCUUCGUACUGAAGGGGCACCUCAAGCGUCACCAUAAGACUGCGCACCAAGGCAUCCGCGACAACAUCCCGUGCUCCAUCUGUGGUCGAGUGUUCUCCACCAAGUCCGCGCUCACCACGCACGUCAACUCCGUGCACCACGGCCAGCCGUGGCCCAAGAGGGACCGGAGCAAGCGGAAAUCUAAACCUAACGCUUAA